AUGAAAAGACCACAAAUAAGUUUAUUAUCAAAGUUACGCGUUGUAUUGACAAUCUGGCUUGCUUUUCAAGCAUUGAAAACACUUACUAUUCUUCAUAUGAUGGCUAGAAAGUAUGGUUAUGACUCUAAAGGGGCAUUCAUAUUAAUGGUGCGGCAGCUAGCACCACCGAUACUCGUCAUAAAUGUGAUCACUUGGUUAGUAUUUUGGUUCGAUAAGAAACAAUCGGUCUUACAAAAUUGGCGAACGCCUGAACGUGAAUUACUCUGGUGGCUUUGGACUACUGGAGUAUUUGGUGGUUGGUUCAGUAUGUUUGCAUGUCGACAUAAAAUCCGUAAAGAAUCAUUUGUUGUAAAAGCGCUUCUCUCAACCAUAUUCAAUCUCACUUGGUUCAUUUUCUAUUUGAUGUUUGAAAUUAUACGCAUUCGACCUAAAGAGGGGAUAAGUCGCUUUGAGAUUGAUCCAAAUGACAAUAUUAUUAUGUUGGCAGAGAAAACCGCAAAAUGGUAUACAAGUGAAAUAUCUUUCCGGACAAAGCAUCGCUCAGUUAGGAUAAAUUUUGAAGACGGAGCGAAAUCAGACACUUCAGCAGUUUCUGCUGGUAAACAAACAGCAUCAACAGUAGGAUCAUUUGAGCCAACAACGAUUACCAGUUUAUCAUCCGCAUUGAAUGUAAAGCAUUCUCUACAUGGCAUGUGUGAUUACUGCAUGUCCUUAGAGAAAAUCAGACCAAACAUGUCUUUUCAUGCAUAUUUACGAAAAGUGCAAAAAGAGUAUGUAAAGACAAUUAACACCAAUGCCAGAUUUAUUCUACCUCUAGAGGAACCAGAUUACCAUGUCAAGCAGCAUUGUUUGAAUGGUUAUGCUCCUUUGUCGAAAG